CCCCCCCACCCUCCCCCCCCCCAUGGAUCCCUACCCCAAGAAGCGCAAGCCCGACGAGAACGGCGCGGCCGUGGCCUCCUCCCCGGCCGCGGGCGCCGCCGCGCUCGGCCUCACCCGCGACGACCUCCUCCGCCUCGUCGAGCCGCUCUCCCGGGACCAGCUCGCCGACAUCGCCGCCACCGCCGCGCUCGCCUCGGGGGUGGCCCUCGACGCCGUGCGCGCCGCCGCCGACCGGGACCCGGCCCUCCGCAAGCUCUUCGUGCGGGGGCUCGGCUGGGAGACCAACUCCGACUCGCUCCGGGCCAUCUUCUCCGCCUUCGGCGACCUCGAGGAGGCCGUCGUCAUCACCGACAAGUCCACCGGCCGCUCCAAGGGCUACGGGUUCGUCACGUUCCGCCACGCCGACUCCGCCGUCCUCGCCCUCAAGGAGCCCUCGAAGAAGAUCGACGGCCGCAUGACCGUCACGCAGCUCGCCGCCGCCGGCGCGGCCGGGGGGGCGUCGGGCGGGGCCGCCGGCGCCGGUGGCGCCCCCGCGGCCGACGUCUCCCUCCGCAAGAUCUUCGUCGGGAACGUCCCCGCCGACAUGCCGUCGGAGCGCCUCCUUGCGCAUUUCGCAGCCUAUGGUGAGAUUGAGGAGGGGCCUCUAGGGUUCGACAAGCAGACGGGCAAGUUCCGGGGCUUUGCCCUCUUUGUGUACAAGACACCCGAGGGUGCGCAGGCCUCGUUAGUGGACUCGGUGAAGGUGAUUGACGGGCACCAGCUUGUCUGCAAGCUAGCGAUCGAAGGGAAAAAGGGGAAGCAAUCGCAGCAGCAGCAGCAGCAAUCUGGACCUGGUGGGGCUCAGCCGCCCCAAAUGCUCCAAGGCGGGCCGCCGGACAUGCCGGGUUCAGGGCUUGGGCUUGGUGGACCACAAAUGGGUGCGCAGUAUGGUGGCCCUGGGAGUCUGUCUUCGUAUGGUGCAUUUGGGGGUGUAGGCGCUGGGCUAGGUGGUCCCAAUCCGUAUGCGAAUUUGCCAUCUUCCAUGGGCGGCGGCGGAGCUGGGUUGGGUUCAUUGGGCAAUCAGAUGCCUUCUGGGAUGGGUGGUGCUGGGGCUGGUGCGUACGGGCCUGGGGGAUUGGGUGGUGGUUCAUUUGGGGGCUCAUCCCAGUUUGGUGCUGGUGGGAUGGGGGCUUAUGGGGGUCUAGGCAUGGGUGGAGCCUCAUCACUGUACCGCAUGCAACAGGGUUCGGGUGGGCUUCCUUCUGGCGGGUAUGGUGAGGGUAACUACCCUCUUCCAGGGCCUGGUUUCCGGGGUCAGGAGGGUGGAAUGUCACCUGGACCAGGUGGUAGAGCUCCUAUGUACCCCAAUGUGCCUCCUUAUUUCUGAGGAAUUGCAAAGCUGCAAAACUGUGUAUUAUCUCUUUUAUCCUAAGCUAGUGUACAUUAACUGGAGACCUCGCCAAGGAGGCAAGCAAGAGCAGGUUCCAGGUAUCAGGCAGCCCCGGUAAGCACCAGUGGCUACAGUCAGCGUACACCAGCGGCUGUUGCCGCUGCUCCGUGCUCAGGGGCUUCCCUUCCCUGGUGAUGGUGUACACCGACGGAUGCGCGUCGACCCGGAGCUCGGAGAGGCGGGUGAUGUUGAGGUACGUGACGGGCGUCCUCGUGCUCCGGAUGUUCCUCUCGACGAUGGACACCAGGCCCCUCGGGAACCAUGGGACGAUCUUCGUCUCGUCCGUGAUUGGGGACGUCUGGUUGUAGCACCAGUUUUCGCUGCAUUUGCAGGUGUUAGAUCAGUCAUCAGAGGUGUCCAUUGUGGCUGGGUGCCGCGGGUGGUGCAAGUUAACUUUUACCUCUUGUGUUCUGGGGAGAUGCUUCGGAAGAAGACCCUGGUCCUGGCCGAGUCCACGUUUUGGUCGACCCAGCUCGCCCAUGUCCCAAGUGCCUGGUUGAACGCCUCCUCGCCUCCCAUCUCGACCGGCUUCCCGUCCGCCUCCAGAUGGUCCCACCUGCAGUAACACACUCGGCUUCACUGCCCUGCUGGAGAGAGAGAGAGCCAGAGAGGAGACGCUCUGGAGCGGAGUGGCUUACGCUCUGAGGUUGCCGGUGUGGGUCCACCAGUGGCCGGUGUUGAAGACGAGGACGUCGGCGCCGCGCAGCUUCUCCAGCGUAGCCGGGAGCUGGUCAAGCUUGAGCGCCCUCGUCCGGUCCUGCUUCGUCUCGAGCGUCACCAGGAACGGGCUCCAGAAGAACUCCACCGAGCAGUUGUAGUCCUGUGCAUGUUUGAGUCACAUAUGUAAUCAGAACUUUAGAAAGGUCCUGCUUGUCAUUCGAUGUACGGAUUGAUAACUAAACGAACACUGGUUAGUUGAUACAUAGCCCAAAGUUUUUUUUUUCAAA